GGUUCAUUAGUGAUUUAGACCUUACAGAAACCCAGGUCGUUGAGGUCAAGCACCCACUCACAAUCCCAGAGCAUAAUCACGACAACCACCUUUCCGAUUUAGCAGAACAAACACAUACCCAACUCUUUUGCUCUCUCUGUUCCACUAAUCUCGUCGUAGCUUGAACUCGGGUCAGAAUAACUUGAUGUUUGUAUCAGUCAAAGGAGAAUAAUAGGGUAAAAUGGCUGGGCGACGACAUAUUGCAUCAUCCUAUGACAGACGCCCUGUGCAGUCUCCAGGGAUGAUGCGGCAUGGGUCAUUGCCUGGCUACCGGUUAUUAGAGUCACUACCCCGUCCUGAACUAUUGGAAAACAAAAUUGCAUAUCAAGCAGCAGAGAUAAAACAACUUGCAGGAGACAAUCAUAGAUUGGCAACUUCUCAGGUGGAUUUGAGGCAGGAGCUUCUAGCUGCAGAGGAGGAAGUUCAAACUGUCAAGGCACACAUGAGAAGUAUCCAGACUGAAAGCGACAUCCAGAUCCGGGCGAUGCUUGAUAAAAUUGCCAAAAAGGAAGCAGAAGUUGUAGCCUGUGAGGUUGUGAGGAAGGAGCUGCAAAAGGCUCAUACGGAAGCACACAGCUUGGUCGAAACACGGAAAGAGCUGAGAAUUCAAAUUCGACAGGCUACGGAUGAGUUGCAGAAAUCCCGUGUUGAGGUUAAGAAACUGCCAGAUCUGCAUGGUGAACUUGACAGUUUGAGGCAAGAACACCAGAAGCUGCGCGCUACUUUUGAAUAUGAAAAAAGUAGAAACAUAGAACUAGUGGAGCAAAUGAAAGCAAUGGAGAAGAAUCUAAUGGGCAUGGCUGGAGAAGUAGAAAGGUUGUGUGAUGAGGUCCUGAAUGCAGAGAAGAGAGCACAAGCCCCAAAGCCACCUAAUGGUGGUUACAUGAAUCCAGAUUCUUAUUACACUGCUACCAUGCCAGGUGCUAGUGCAUAUUUUGAUGGUUAUGGAAGGCCUUAUGUUUCGGUGGGUAAUAGGCCACUGGGAGAGGGAAUAAUUUACUUUGCCAGCAGCAGCAGCAAGCAGCAUGCUGCUGGUAUCCCAACUGCUGGGGAUGGUGCUAUCUGGGGAGCAGCAUAUAAUCCCUUGCCUGACACUGCUUCUGGUGGUGCUACUGUCCCUACCACUGGGAACAGUGCUGUUUGGGGAGGAGCAUAUGAUUCAGCACUUGCUCGGCAGUAAACAUAGAGCAGCCAGCCCUGAGAUUUUCAGGGCGGCUAGUUAUUAUAUUGGGCCCUAUGCCUCUGUUAGAAUUUAAUUUUUCUUUUGUGUAUUAUGAUUACUAUACUUGAGGUUAACUGGUGGGUAUUUAUGUAACUAUCAUUGGUUUGUUUUUAGGUUAUUAUUUAUCGUAAAUGGUUAUAAGUAGCUGCUGAGAAAAGAUCAAGUGCAAAGGCCUCUUUUGAAGCGUCACUGGGCGAUGGGAAGUCCAGAUGAAAAGACUGCACCAAAACUACAAAGAUCUGUGUUUUGAUGGUCCAAAGGCAGACCAGAACCCCCUUCUACAACACAAUUAGUCUCCAACUUCAAAGAGGGUUAGUUGUAUUUGACUGGACUUACAGAGAGUCACCAUAACUAGAAAUUGAAACAGCUUCUCAGUUUAGGCCAGAACAAAACGCGAAAGCUUUCCAAAAGUUACAGAGAAAGCAGAAUGCUGGUGGUGAAGCGUGAGAAGACAAAGGUUUACAGGGUAAAUGUUUGGUGAAUGUUUGCUGGGUGUGCUUAACGGUAAAGUUCGAAUUAUAUGAUAAUGUUUAAGUGCUGGGUGCACUUAGAUAUUGGCCGGGGUCAAUUAGAAAGACCCUUAUUUAAUAAUCGGUGUUGGUGAAUAAUUGAAUUCUGGGUUUUACAUCUUAGUUUGGGAUAUACUUCGGCAAUGUAGGUGAAGUUGGCGGCCCAAAUGGGAACCACAUCCUGCUUCAAUAUGUAGUAAUACUUUAUUUCCUCUAAUUCUUGCUCUCAAAUUACUUUUUGGUCAGAGCUCUCAAAUUACGCUACUGUAUGAUUUCUUCCCCUUCUCGUUUCUUCACGAGAAAAGAUUAAUCU